CACCUUAUCGCUAUGAUUAAGCACGUCAAUGGCAACACUUGAAACCCCCUAAUUACAUAAAUCUUCUUUAAGAUAAACUGAUAAUCUUAAACAUUUUAUUGCCCUGAAUGAUAAAACACAACAUUUUAGUAGUGAAACGUAUCGAAUGAAAUGGAGCAACUUUUACCAAAAAACGCCAUCUACCUGGACGAGGAAGUGAAAGCGGAAUACCCCACCGUGGAAAUUUCCUCUGAAGACCCCACCAGCUUAAACUUCAGACAGCACAAGAACUUACGCCCUCUAUGUUUCCACUGUGGCAGUCACAAUCUCAGCUACGGUCAAAAGUACUUUUGGCACCGCUGUGCUAGCUUCCGGCACUUCUUUUGCUACUACUGUUUCGAUCACAGUCUGAAGAGGUUUAAUCACACGUGCGUCGACGGAAAACCGAUUUUGGACGAGUGUAAAACGAUCGAGCAUCUUUUGUGCGGUAAAAUCAAGUUCGAGUGUAAAUGGCCCAACUGUAAAAAAAUCUUCGGCGGUUCAACUUUGAGGAGUCACGAGUUGAGUUGCGAGUUACAACCGGUGAGGGAGUGUCCGGUCUCUGAAUGUUCUUGGACCGGUCGGCUUGAUUUGAUGGAAAAGGAGCAUUUCAAGGAGCACCAGCAAGCGAAAAUGAUCUUGAGGAAUGUGGUGCUGAAGGUGGAGAGCGAUAGGGAGUAUUAUCUGUUGAUACUGGAUAAGUUUGUGAAGGUUACGUAUGUUAUUCAGGAGCUGGGAGAGGUUUUUGAGCAUCAGAUUAGUUUGGAGGUGUGUAAGGAGGAGCUGAGCUAUGCUAAACCCGUCGGGUUAGUAACUGUUAAUCAUUUGUUGUUAAAGAAGAUCGAUGGUGGUGGUGCAGUGAAGAGUGUUAGGAAAAACGUUAUUUUAUUUGUGUAUUUUGAGAAUAAAUAAUUUUUGGGGUUUUUAGUUUUCCUGUUAUA